CUUAGCACCUAGAGCAAUGGCGCGUACAUCGCACGUCACUGAACUCGCAGCCAGGACUGCCUCGCCGAUCUUACCUGCUCGAGCGACGCCCACGAGUUGGCUUGCACGGACACGCACGCUCUUCACACCCUCACAGCGUCAAAAAUAGCGACCAGAGAUUCAUCGACUGGCUUGUUCCGUCGGCACGCAUAGCCGUCCUCGCGAAGCGGUUCCUCCGAGUCUUUGCAUUGCUGGUCAAGUUACCACCACACUUCGUCUUCGUCAUUCGGGCUAACAGGAAAGGACCUGGACAAUGAUCGCGAACGAGUACGAGACCGCGAGCAGAGACCCUGGCUGUGACAGACCGGGAGAGGAGAGGUAAGAUAAGAGUUGAGGCUGACCGCAUCUCGUCGCAGCAGAACAAGGAGCGCAAGCAACUCUGGCACCGCGUUUGGACUCUCAAGCAGCCUCGCGGACCUCAAAUCGGAGACGCUUCAGCUCUCUGCGUCCGUGGGGCUGUAGGCUGGCCUUAAGGAGGUGGCGAAGUUGUUGGAGGGCAGAGAGCACGUACAAGAUCCGACGCUGGUGCAAUUCGCCUUGCAGGUAUAGGAGGAGGCGGAUGAGUAGCCGAGGGGGUAACACACCCCACGCAUCGCGACGGCCUCAAUGAUGACUUCGCCGAUCUCCGCACUCGCUCUUCGCCUGAAAUUCGUCCCCCUGUGACACAGUCAUAGUGACCCAAUUCGACUUCACCCCCUCGUCCGUCGCGUCCGUGUUGUCCCCGUCUCCCUUCUUGCUCUUUCUCGCGGAAGCGAACCUCGUUGGCUUUUUGCCGUCCUCACGCUCGCCGGUGCAUACCGGCCGCCUGCUCUAUAGAGAACCUUGGGCUCUGCGGCGGCACCAACUUCCCAGUAUGUGGGUUCACGGAGGCGUACGCUGGGGAGUGAGGUCAGUAUGGCAUCCGCGUCGACAGUCGGUUCCUGAAGCAUUGUUGGGCUACAGGCUUUCCUCAGUGGACUAGGUAGAGCGGGGUCUGCGUGUCCACGUUCGAGUCGUCGUUCCUCUCCCUUCGCGUUCGAGAUGUGCCAGGCUCUGUAUGAUGGAGGGGUUUCACAGAGCACCGAUCUUUUCGCAUGCACAAUAUACCAUUCGUGAGGUCUCCUGCUAAACGCUUCAAAUGGCAGCCUCCUCUGCUCAAGGUCCAUCGGAGUUCCGCGUACGCGCCAGAAAUAGGCCUGCAGCUUAUCUCCUGUUUCCUUGCCUCUAUUAUAGCUUAUCUGAUCGCAGGCCACCAUCGCACCCGCUCCUGGUGAUAGGAUGCUUCUUAUCUAGGUUCUUGUGCUCUGACCUGCUCAGUCUCAUUGCCCUUCUGCUAGUUGCACUACUGUCUAGGCUGGCGUCGGGGUCGCAUUACUUGGGGUUGAAUUUCUGAAAGUCUUGACUCUGGUGUCUGGGAUGGAGAAGAUACUCGCGUAUACGCGCCGCGAGGCGUGGGUGCUCGAGCCGGAGCCAUCGACGUUCGCGCCGAACAGUAGGUGGUCGAACAAGGACAUGGACCCCGUCCCGCCCAACUGGAGGACAUGGACAACGUUCAACUAUAUUGCGUAUUGGGUGUCGGAUGCGGCGAACGUCGCGGUGUGGGAGCUUGCGUCAAGCAUGCUCGCUAUUGGGCUUACGUGGCGUCAAGCUCUCCCCGCCAUCGCCGUCGGGCACAUUAUCACUUCGAUCGUCAUGGUGCUGAAUGGAAUGGCCGGGGCGCGGCUGCACGUCGGCUUCCCGGUGCUGAACCGCUCCUCGUUCGGGUUCUGGUUCAGCUACUUCUCUGUCAUCUCCCGCGUCGUACUCUCCAUGUUUUGGUUCGGAGUCCAGACGUAUACUGGGUCCGAGUGCGUGUACCAGAUGCUGAAGGCCAUCUGGCCGUCCCUCGCGCACCUGCAUAACAGGUUGGCGCCUGGGGCGAACAUCACGACUACUGGGAUCAUGUGCUAUUCCUUGUACUGGCUCAUCCAGUUCCCAUUGAUGUUCGUCUCACCGCAGAAGAUCCGCUGGCUGUUCAUGGUCAAGGCGUCCAUCGUCCUGCCCGCUUGGCUUGCCAUGCUUGUCUGGUCGUUCGUCAAGGUGCCAUCGAAUAAGGGGUUUUUCGAGCAGCCUAGCGCGCUCUCAGGAAGCGCAAUAUCGUACGCGUGGCUUAGUGCGCUAAACAGUGCGCUGAGCAUCAACACGACCAUUGCCGUCAACAUCUCAGAUUUCACCCGCUACGCUAAAAACGCGCAAGCGCAGUGCGUGCAGCUGUUCAUCAUCCCCAUCGCGUUCACUCUGGUCUCGUUCAUCGGCCUCGCCGUCACUUCGGCCGGCGUGACACUCUACGGCGGCGCGGUGCUCUGGGACCCGCUGCAGCUCAUCGACCACUGGGACAACCGAGCCGCGGCGUUCUUCGCGUCCUUCUCCUUCGUGAUCGCCACCCUCGGCACGAACGUAUCUGCGAAUUCGCUGUCGGCCGCAAACGACAUGACGGUGCUCUUUCCGCGGUACAUCAACAUCCGCCGUGGGCAGGUGAUAUGCGCGAUCCUGGGCGGGUGGGCGUUGUGCCCGUGGGAGAUCCUUGCGAGCGCGCAGGGGUUCUUGAGCUUUAUGAAUGGCUAUGCAGUGUUCUUGAGCCCAAUUGCAGGGAUUAUGAUUGCGGACUACUGGAUCGUGCACCGAGGCAAGGUUGACGUGCCGUCGAUGUACCGACCCCGUGGGCGGUACAGGUAUACGUAUGGCAUUAACUGGAGAGCCGUGGUUGCUAGCAUGUUCUCAGUACCUCCGAACAUGCCUGGCCUGAUUUCGUCAAUCAACCCGAAGAUCGCCGUCGGGAGUGCGUUGAAAAUUUACGACUUCGCAUGUAUAUUUGGGUUUGCAGUCGCCCUAACAGUGUUCUCGGUCUUAUCCUUGGCCUUUCCGGCGACCAAGACCUUCUUACGCGAAGCAGUCACGAGCGAAGAUUUGGGAGAGUAUUCAGAAAGUGAGAGGUCAUCGCACAUCGAGAAGGGCGUGGAUUCAGGUAUCUUAGUUGUCUGAUUGAUUUGACCAACGCAAAGUAAGAGUUGUUAGGUGUUUGAUACAUUCACGAUAGGUUACUGGAUUCAUGUUUGCGUGUUGUCUAGAGGACGAGAGCGUGUCUGUGAGGUCGUUCCAUUCCCCCACCAACUCAAAGAUCACUUCUACCCUAAUGUUCCAUCCGUCCACAAGCGCGAACUCCGAACCUGGUCCGCGGAUACACCCUUUCGUGACGUUGGUACCGAUUGGGGGGACAAAAUCAGACGCCAACAGUAAGACGACUGCCUUGCUCAACUUCGAGACCGGGAAUAUGCCACUUCCAGAGGCCAGCACGGCACUCCGCAAGCGCACAUCACGAACUGGGACAGCACCGUGACGUGGGCGAACGAAGGCUGUAUUGAAAGACCAAGAGGAAGGUG